AUGCUCUCUACGUUACCAGCAGAGCUGCUGCUCUUAAUAACAAGCCAUCUUGAUAGCCACACGGAUAUUUUACGGCUCGCCUCCUGUUGCCGUGCCUUCUAUCCACUUUUGUUACCCAAAGUCUUUACAUCGCUCGACCUGAUAGAGCACCACUAUGGCCGCUUGAGUCAUCUGGCGCACACACUCGCAUUUAAUCCGACAUUAGCGCAAGAAGUGCGCACUCUCCGUGUCUCCCAUGAGUGGCUGCGGCCUUCCGUCAUGCGAUAUGAACAGGAGGUUAUCCUACCAGUUCUGAAAUCAAUCCUAGGGCCUGACGAUAGCCUAUCCACAUGGGACCAGGAACUACAGACUCAAGGGAGUCAUGACGCGUGGACUGUCCUGCUUCUGGCCCUCUUGCCUAAUCUGGAGGAUCUGGUUGUACAGGUUCAUGAAUAUUCAAACUACACUCUCGAGUGGAUGGCUAGAAUCGCCGAAAAAGAAGGCUCUGGCUUAUCUAAAUUAAGACACCUCACUGUCGUAUGUUCUGAUACAGAUGGUGGCCUCAGCUCAUCGCACUUUCUCCCAAUCCUUCGACUUCCCUCGUUACGAAGCUUUUGUGGGGAUAUGAUAUUUGAUGGCGAGAAAGAUGUCGAAGAUCAAGCGUUCAAUACGGCUAGCUACGGGUCUGAUAAUGCUCGGUACUCCAAUGUCACUCAUAUCCACCUCAAGUCCAGUUGUUCUCGAAGAGGCUUUGCAAGUUUCAUCGGCGCAGCCAAGAGCCUCGAAUCUUUUAUCUUUGAGCAUGCCGAUAUCCCGCCUUUCCUAGAAGAUGAGGGGAUGUACGCGGCGAAUUACUACCCACCAUUACAAAGACAUCGGGAGACCUUGCAAACGUUAACAUUGACCGACGCGUACACCAACAAUUAUUCCAAUUAUGGGACUUACGGCUAUGAAUACAUCGGAUCAUUCGCGGGAUUCAGCGCGCUGAAGCAACUUCGGCUACAGAUAUGUCAUAUAGUAGACUGGGACCGAGGUUGGAGUGGCCGGAACGAGACAGUAAGGAAUAGAUUCAGUGAUCUUUUGCCUCUAUCGCUGGAAAGCAUUAUCCUUGAUGCUCUAGAGGCACAGCAUAUACCUGAACUAGUUGAGGCGGUCAAAGACCUUCUCUCGGGAGGCCGCUGCCCAAACCUGACUUAUUUAGAGGUCAAGGGAGACUGGAUGCAUGUCAUGCAGUCAACUGAGGAGUCUAACACCAAACCCCGUCCUAUACCUGCCUUGUUGGACCACUUUGCGAACUUCAAUGUGGAACUUGGGUUGUUAUGUUCGGCUGCGGGAGUUGAGUUUCGUCUACGUGAUUUGCAUAUUGAGGAUAUUAUCAAGCAGAAUCGUUUGGAAGGCUUUUAA